GCCGCCGCCGCCGCCGCUUUACGUAAGGCGCAGGCCCGGCCGCCCGGCGCUCGGCAGCCGCACCGAGCCCCUCGGAGCGCCAGGCGCCCCCGCCGGCCGCCGCGCCGCCCGGCAGCCUCGGCAGGUUUUGCCGGAGACUUACAUUUGGCCUCAAUGUGAAAUUGAAGUAGAAAAUCACAUCUACAUAUAUGUUGCGAUCAGGAUGUUGAUUCAUUCAUCAUGUCUAAAGAGGGAAAUUUUGCUCUCAGUGGCUGACUGCAGCAAAAAUAAAUGCUUAUCCUAGAUAUCAAGCAUCUCCUUUUUACUGGAGUGAAAAAUCCCCUCCAGAUACCAUCAGAACAUAACUGCAGAAAAUGCUUCGCAUUUUAAGGAUGUCAGCCACCUAAAUUCAUGCGUCCCAUGUGUACAGUUGUUGUGGAUGGUCUGCCAUCAGAAAGCUCCUCAAGCUCUCAUCCAGGCCCUGGAUCUGUUUCUGAAAUGUCUCUGCUUCAUGCUUUGGGUCCAGUGCAGACCUGGCUGGGACAAGAGCUGGAGAAAUGUGGCAUCGAUGCCAUGAUUUAUACUCGCUAUGUCCUCAGUCUUCUGCUACAUGACAGCUAUGACUACGACCUGCAGGAACAGGAGAAUGACAUCUUCCUGGGCUGGGAAAAAGGAGCUUAUAAGAAAUGGGGAAAGAGUAAGAAAAAGUGUUCAGAUCUAACUCUAGAAGAAAGGAAAAAACAGGCUGCUGUCCAGUGUCUUCGCUCUGCUUCUGAUGAAAGCUCUGGUAUCGAGACUUUAGUGGAGGAGCUCUGCUCCAGGCUGAAAGACCUGCAGAGUAAGCAAGAAGAGAAGAUUCACAAAAAGUUAGAGGAGUCUCCCUCUCCAGAGGCAGAAUUAUCCCCUACAGCAAAGGAUCAAGUGGAAAUGUACUAUGAAGCAUUUCCACCGCUCUCUGAGAAACCAGUUUGCCUGCAAGAAAUCCUGACUGUGUGGAACAAGCCUAAAGUCUGCUCUUCCUCCAGCUCUUCCUCGUCAUCGACGGCCCCCCCAGCGAGCACAGACACAUCCUCUCCCAAGGACUGCAACAGUGAAAGUGAAGUCAUCAGGGAAAGAAGCAACCCAGGGUCCACUGCUGUAUAUGAGAAAACCCAGAGCAAAAGUAAAAACGAGAAGGAGAACAAACUCAGUAAUGGCACCGUUGAAGAAAAGCCUGCUUUGUACAAGAAGCAAAUCCGACCUAAACCCCCAGGAGAGCUCCGCCCUCGUUCCUGGUCCUCAGGCUCCAGCUCCAGUGGUGACCAGGGAGAGUUAAAAGCACCUGUAAAGUGUGUUAAAGUAAGACAUAAGGCGCGAGAAAUCCGCAACAGAAAGGGGCGGAACGGGCAAAGCAGGCUUUCGCUGAAGGCUGGUGGAAAGGCUGAAAGAAACAUUCACGCUGGAAGUAGUAGCAGGAGCAGCAGUGGCUCUGUCAAGCAGCUGUGCAAGAGGGGGAAAAGGCCAUUAAAAGAAAUGGGGAGAAAAGACGCUGGUAGCAUCGAAGGAAAAGACCUGUACCAGGAGAGCAGGAAUGACAAAGAAUAUAAAGAGGAGCCUUUGUGGUAUACCGAACCCAUUGCGGAGUAUUUUGUUCCCUUGAGCAGAAAAAGUAAACUAGAGACCACAUACAGACACAGGCAAGAUACAGAUGAUUUGACAGCAGAAGCGGUAGAAGAAUUGUCUGAAUCAGUGCAUGGUCUUUGUAUCAGCAACAAUAAUAUUCAUAAAACAUACCUCGCAGCAGGUACUUUCAUUGAUGGCCAUUUUGUAGAAAUGCCUGCAGUUAUAAAUGAGGAUAUUGACCUCACUGGGACCUCAUUAUGUUCUCUACCAGAGGACAAUAACUAUUUGGAUGAUAUUCAUCUAUCAGAAUUAACACACUUCUAUGAAGUGGAUAUUGACCAAUCCAUGUUGGAUCCUGGUGCCUCGGAAACAAUGCAAGGAGAAAGUCGGAUUUUGAACAUGAUUCGACAGAAAAGCAAAGAGAAAACAGACUUUGAGGCAGAAUGUUGCAUAGUGUUAGAUGGAAUGGAGUUGCAAGGGGAACGUGCAAUAUGGACAGAUUCCACAAGCUCCGUGGGUGCUGAGGGCUUCUUCCUGCAGGACCUCGGCAAUCUGGCUCAGUUUUGGGAGUGCUGUUCUUCCAGUUCUGGUGAUGCCGAUGGAGAGAGUUUCGGAGGAGAUUCUCCAGUUAGACUCUCUCCAGUCUUAGACAGCACAAUACUCAAUUCACACUUGCUUGCUGGCAAUCAGGAGCUCUUUUCAGAUAUUAAUGAAGGAUCUGGUAUAAACUCUUGUUUUUCAGUGUUUGAAGUGCAAUGCAGUAAUUCUGUUUUACCAUUUUCUUUUGAAACACUCAACUUGGGAAACGAAAAUACAGAUUCUAGUGCUAACGUGCUUGGGAAAACACAAUCUAGAUUGCUCAUAUGGACCAAAAAUAGUGCCUUUGAAGAAAAUGAACACUGUUCUAACCUUUCCACAAGAACUUGUAGUCCGUGGUCCCAUUCAGAAGAAACACGUUCAGACAAUGAGACAUUAAAUAUUCAAUUUGAAGAAUCCACGCAGUUUAAUACAGAAGAUAUUAAUUAUGUGGUUCCUAGAGUCUCGUCAAAUUAUGUAGAUGAAGAACUUCUAGACUUUUUGCAAGAUGAAACUUGCCAGCAAAACAGAUCUUCAGCAGAAAUGCCUACAUUAGUUUUCAAACAAAAAUCUAAACUAGAAUCUGUCUGUGGUAUUCAGCUAGAACAAAAAACAGAAAACAAAAACUUUGAAACUACACAAGUGUGUAGUGAAAGCAGUCCACAUGGAGACAGCUACAGCUCAGGGGUUAUUAAAGACAUUUGGACAAAUACGACAGAUAGAAAUUCUGUAGCUAUGGUAGAAAUAGAAAGAAUUGAAAAUGAGUUGUUUUCAACAGAUGUAAAUAACUACUGCUGCUGCUUGGAUACUGAAGCUAAAAUGGAAACUCUCCAGGAGCCCAAUAAAGCCGUGCAGAGAUCGGAAUAUCAUCUGUGGGAGGGACAGAAAGAGAACCUGGAGAAGAGAGCAUUCAUUUCUAGUGAGCUGUCAAAGGUGGAUGGCGGCGAUUAUACCACACCUUCUAAACCUUGGGAUGUAGCUCAAGAUAAAGAAAAUUCAUUUAUUCUUGGAGGAGUUUAUGGAGAACUCAAAACCUUUAAUAGCGACGGGGAAUGGGCAGUUGUACCACCCAGCCACACAAAAGGAAGUCUCUUACAGUGUGCAGCUUCCGAUGUAGUGACAAUAGCUGGUACAGAUGUCUUCAUGACCCCAGGAAACAGCUUUGCUCCUGGUCACAGGCAGUUAUGGAAGCCUUUUGUGUCAUUUGAACAGAAUGAUCAGCCGAAGACUGGGGAAAAUGGAUUAAAUAAGGGAUUUUCUUUUAUCUUCCAUGAAGACUUACUUGGAGCUUGUGGUAACUUUCAAGUUGAAGACCCUGGACUCGAAUAUUCCUUCUCUUCCUUUGACUUAAGCAAUCCAUUUUCACAAGUUCUUCACGUAGAAUGUUCAUUUGAACCAGAAGGGAUUGCAUCCUUCAGCCCUAGUUUUAAACCUAAAUCAAUCCUCUGCUCUGAUUCAGACAGUGAAGUUUUUCACCCCAGGAUAUGUGGUGUUGACAGAACACAGUACAGGGCUAUUCGAAUCUCUCCCCGGACUCACUUCCGCCCGAUCUCUGCAUCUGAACUGUCCCCAGGAGGAGGAAGCGAGUCAGAAUUUGAAUCUGAGAAGGAUGAAGCAAAUAUUCCCAUCCCUUCUCAAGCUGAUGUAUUUGAAGAUCCACAGGCAGAUCUCAAACCUCUAGAAGAAGAUGCAGAGAAAGAAGGCCAUUACUAUGGGAAAUCAGAGCUCGAAUCUGGAAAAUUCCUUCCCAGGUUAAAAAAAUCUGGAAUGGAAAAGAGUGCUCAGACAUCACUGGAUUCCCAGGAGGAAUCAGCUGGGAUUCUGCCAGUAGGAAAGCAAAAUCAGUGUUUGGAAUGUAGCAUGAAUGAAUCUCUGGAAAUAGAUUUAGAAAGCUCAGAAGCAAAUUGCAAAGUAAUGGCACAAUGUGAGGAAGAAAUUAAUAAUUUUUGCAGUUGUAAAGCCAGUUGUCAGUUUCCUGCUUAUGAGGAGAGUCCGGUCUCAGGACGGCUGGAAGAGUUUCCUGUGUUGAGCACUGAUGUACAAGGAAUGAAUAGAAGUCAAGAAAAGCAGACCUGGUGGGAAAAAGCCUUGUAUUCUCCUCUUUUCCCCACAUCUGAGUGUGAAGAAUGUCACACAAAUGCCAAGGGAGAGAAUGAUAGAGAAGAAUAUCCAGAUGUUAAAGAGGUACCCAGUAACGAAGAGCGCCUAGUAGAUUUUAAUAGGGUGUCUUCUGUUUAUGAAGCAAGGUGUACAGGAGAGAGAAAUUCGGGAGCAAAAUCCAAUGGCUUCCACAGAAAGAUGUGCUCCAGCGCCAGCUCCAACUCUGAAGACACGGGCUCGGAGGGCGGGGGGGAGUGGGCAGACCCCAGCCAAGAGGAGCUCUUUUCUCGAACUCACCUCUGAACCUGCAGAGUAGUGCAUUUAAAAUGAUUUGCGAUGGAAAAUUACCCUUUGGUGAGGCCUGUUAAUCUAAAACAACAACUUAGGUUUCUUCUUCAAUUAACUGACUCAGAUCAGUAAUUAUCUUUUCUCUUCUUGCUUAAUUUAGGGUUGAGGACAGCUAUCCUGUUGAAGUUGUUUUUUCUGUUUUUGUUUGUUUUUUGGUUUUUUGUUUUUGUUUUUGUUUUUGUUUUUGUUUUCCCAAGCUGUUAAAUUCUUGGCUAUUUGAAAUAGACUAGAUUGUGUUGUCAAAUCAAGAAUGGGUGUGCAUGUGCUUGUCUUAGAAGUAUCACUGCCUUUUGCAUCUGAGCUGCAGUUGUUUUCCUUUUAACUGCAGUCAUUCUCACUCUUACCUUACUAGCAUUGCAGUGUCAACAACCACUUCUGCUACUCAGAGACUUCAGCUUUGGAAUAUUUAGGCCUUGUUUGCCAAGAACUGGGAUAUAAACACUUAACCCUGCAAUGGAUCAGUGCCUUUCCAAAGGCAAGAGGGACGCAUGGGUGACUUGUCCACAGUCUUCAUUUAGUAAACUUUCAUGUACAUUUCAGGUAGGAAUGACAGAGGUGUGCUUUUAGAGACUUGAAAAAGACUGUUUUCUCUCUUAGGAUUUUCCCACUGAAGUGUUGUGGAAGAUGCUAUGGUUUGUGACUCUUACUAGCUGCAGAAGCCAAGGAUUUGGGGCACAGUUGGGCAAGAGUGCCCUCCAGCCUGUUCCUGUACUGCAGUUACACCCAAAAUCCCAUUCAGCGUUACUUGUGAUUCUUGCAGUACAUGGUGAUGACAUGAGUUGGAAAUUAUUAUUUUCUGGUGACCUACAUAGAAUUGAAACCCCCAAAUGUCAAAAUUAUUGUAAGUGUUUGACAUGCAGUAACGGUCAGCCCAUCACCCCAAAGAUACCUUUGGCUGCUUCAGCUAGCAGCCCUUGUGGCUGUGAUUUGGUAUAGCUUCUAUCUCAUUUUGUGUUGGAGAGAAUGUUCUGGGUGAGUUGUGCAUGUGGUGGGUUGGAGUGGGUCGGGUCUGGAUUCUCCACCCUGCCUGGGCUGUCGCUGGGCUGGCUGCAGGGACCCGCUCUGCAGGCCGCAGUGCGCCUCUUGGGGGGGCGGGCCAUGGGCAGCGGCCACCUCCGCGAGCUCUCGCCGCACCAUGUGCCAUAGGUCGGAGCUAGGAGGAGCUAUAUUUGCAAAACCUAGACAUUUUAGAUUGCUUUUCUUUUUUUAACCUCAUUUAAAAAAACAUGUCUGUAACAUCAGGAAGCACAGAAAAGUCUGAUGUGGACUUGACAGCUUCACCACUGAAUUUUGGCAGGAAAUAAGCCUACUUACAGUUGCUUAGCUGGAAGCUAAGCUGGCUUUGAAAUGCGUGAUUUGCUUUGAGCAUUUGGGUUUUGUUGUCUUUUUCUUAAUUGAGAACAGAAAAAAAACCUCAAAGGCUGUGGAGUCAUUCAGGUUCUGGAUGUCCCUGCUGUGAGGCCAGUUGGGUUUCAUCUCCCCACAUGGUAGGGUCUGUUUUCAUGCAGCACAUUUGGACACUUUAAAGUGGGUUUGUAUGUGUGUGUGUGCAUGUGUGUAAGGUUUUGUGUUACUGUUAUUUAUUUACAGAUUUCAGAUAAGUUUUUAUGUAUUUUUCUUUCUUCCGGAGCUUCCUAAAAAGUUGAUUAGCAUCUGCACUGAAAUACAAUUUAACAGCAAAGGCAAAAAAGAAUUGGGAGUUGUAAAUUCCUGAAAAUCACUACAGCAACGAUUAUCCUAGAAAUCGUUGGCUUAUGUAGCCGAGACCAAAUAAAUAUAUUUCAGACACAACUUUUAGCUCAGUGGAUUUUGGACAGCUGCUUUUUAUCCAGAGAGGGCUCAGGUGGCCCCGGCGCAGGCCUUCUCACAUGUGGGUGGGAAGGUGCUGCCCCUCCACCGGGUCCGGGGAUGGACAGGCAAUGGAUUUAUUUGAUUUCGUAGUUAAGCAGCUGAAGCUCAGAGGCUUUCAGCAACAGAGUGGAAGUGUGGUUUUUAGUUUUGUGAAUUAAUGAUCACAAAGAAAAGCAUUAAAAAAAAAAAAAAACAGUUGGCAAAACGCUGAAACGCACUGUGGUAUGAAGCGCGUUGCACAGCCAUAGCACUGAAGUAUCAGUUUUCCAUUCCUGGGCUGAGAUAUUUUUUCCCGGUGGUUGUAUUGUUCUGAUUUCACGUACACCAGAGUAACUGAUUUUUUGUUUUCUUGUGGAGUUAACACCAAAUAAAAAUUUUUGAAAAGUC